AUGUACAACAAUAACAAAUAAGUAUUGACAUCCCCAGAGUACGUUACUCACUCUUGUAUAUUUUCCCUGCAGCACAGCAGUGAAUAUUGUUCUCUCAUGACCCUUGGCAACGAGUCUCAACAGCUACAGUAUAUAAACCGGAGCACCACAGACUGCAGUCAAAGUGAAAUCUAUCUUCUUACUAGGUCUUCAGAACUGGAGUAGCAUGAACUUCUUAAACAACUCAAGCCGCAUCAGUGAUGUAUAUGCAGAAACACAGUACUGCUAUGACUCUGUGAGCGGAUCAUGCAAGAAGAAUGUCCAGCCUGUAAGUCUCCAGUUUUCCAUGUUUGCUUUCAUGGCCUUUGCUGUAUUGAUCACAGUCACUGGGAAUCUUCUGGUCUUAACAUCUAUAGCGCAUUUUAAACAGCUGCACACCACCACAAACUGCCUCAUUCUCUCACUGGCGGUUUGCGACUUUUUGUUGGGGGUCUUCAUCAUGCCGUGCAGUGCGAUGAGGUCGGUGUACGGCUGCUGGUACCUGGGAGACUUUGUGUGCAAGCUCCACACCAGCACGGACAUCAUGCUCAGCACCUCCUCCAUCUUCCACCUCUCCUUCAUCUCUGUGGACCGCUACCUUGCUGUCUGCACUCCACUUCUGUACCGCUCCAUAGUCAACUCUGUCACUACUCUGCUGAUGAUCAUAACCAGCUGGGUCUUCCCAGCCAUCUUCGCUUUUGGGAUGAUCUUCUCAAACCUCAACCUGAAAGGCAGUGAGCACUUCUUUGAGACACAGGUGCAGUGUGUCGGAGGAUGCACGGUAUUCUUUAGUCCGACAUCUGCUGCAUUCUCUUCUCUUUUCUCAUUUUUCCUCCCUGGCCUCAUCAUGUUGAGCAUUUACCUCAAGAUCUACGUGGUAGCAAGACGUCAGGCCAGAUCAAUUAAAGAUCUGACACGGCAGAUUAAGGUGGAGGAUGGAAAUGGGUCUGCAGUCUCUGGGAAGCAUGAAAGAAAGAAGGCAAACACCCUGGCAGUGGUGGUGGGAGUUUUCCUCAUCUGCUGGACCCCUUUUUUCCUCUGUAAUAUUAUGGACCCCUUCAUUGGCUAUUCCAUCCCACCCACACUGACUGAUGCCCUGGUUUGGUUUGGUUAUAUGAACUCGAGUUUCAAUCCUUUGGUUUAUGCUUUUUUUUACUCUUGGUUCAGAAAAGCUUUGAGCAUAAUUCUCAGUGGCAGAGUCCUACACAAAGAUUCUUGUCGAAUGAAAUUGUAUUCUGAAUGAAUGCAUUAAUUGACUAUCCAGAUUCUUUUGUUACUAUUGUUGGAACUUUUUCAGCCAUUAAAAAAACUUAAAUGCAUCUUUUUACCUUACAAUGUUUGAAUCCUAACCAUCUGUACUUAGAACAGUGUUAUAUUGGGAAGCUGAAUUAAAUCUCCUGCAAGCGAGUGAUGAAUUGCUAGAAAAAUACAGCUACAGCUAUCAAGAUAACGAAAGCUUUCAAAAAACAUCUCCAAAAAGAUCUCUGAUCCAAAUCUCAAGAUUAAAUACAACAAACAAGUUGUUUUAAAAUGAAAAAAAGCAAUUUCCUAUGGUCACAAUCUCUGCAAAAUACAUUGGGUUGAUAGUUGAGUGAUUUCUUUUUACUUGUAUUUGUGUGUAUAUGCUGACAUAAAUCUUUGGGCUGUAGAUGUGUAGCAUAAUCAUCGAGGGGCAUAUAAAGAUCCUCAGUACAGAUUUACUGACAUACUGUAAAAGACCAUGUGGCUGACAGAGUAACUACAUCAUAUUUGGGUCCUUCGGUAUCUCCCUUAACCCCACUGCUGCAAGGACCUGACAUUAACGCCUAAGACCAUCCUCUGACCCCCCCCCCACCCUGCACUCUCACCUGUACAUGUGUGUCUCAAAAGUACCUACACUUAAACUCGUGCAAAUGGCAAAUAUAAGCAUCUUAUUAUUUAAUGUUCCUACAUAAUGAGGAAACACUGAUAGAUAUAAACUGACUUGUAGCUGUAUGUGUUAUUUGAAACUUGUAUGUAUUUUUUGCAUUCAAAAAAACGAGGAUUUUAAGAUGUAUAGGAUGCAUGUAAAGUGUAACUGGGGAGUCUAACGAGCCCUAUGACACCUUAACUGACACCCUGUAAAACUGUUAUUAAUUAUUCAUUCCCCCAUUUCAGAAAGUGCUGUAUUACCAUAAGCAUGUUGUUCUCCUACUUCGUAUCUCCCUUAUUAAAAUUUACUUGCUGCCCCUCUGCCCUCUCAGUUCAUUCCUUACAUCAUCUGGACUCCGUCCUUCUCAGUUUGCUUUAUU